UGAGUCAAUUCAUAUGGACAGCACAUGCCUAUUCAAAUUAUUAAGUGUAUGUAAGAAACUCAAGAAAUAAGUGUACAAAUCUUCUGCUAGGCAAAAUGCGUCGCCGCCAGUUCGAUAAGUGUGUCAAAAAUGCUGUGGGAGUGAAGCGCGUAAGGAUGGAGUCCAAAUGUGUGAGUCCGGUGAAGCGAGAAGCCAACAAUAGCCCGAAAGUGCAACAGAUGCAGCAGCCAAACAGGAAGCAGCAGGAGCAGCCGCAGUCUGUUAGGCAUGCGGCCUCGCCUAAAUCCAAAAAAGAGCUCAUUGUACACUGGACACGCUGGGAGCGCCAAAACUAUGAUCCAAUACGUUUGUUGCCACCCUGGUAGGUCGUAGCCCCACGGCAAUAGCCACAAAUCCACACUCCAUAUUAUGCGCACCAAGCGGACCCACUCUGAAAUUGACUCAAUCACUGUGUUAGGCAUCGGUCCUCAAUCAGCCGUCUGAGCACUUUCAUUUUAAAUUGUGUAUCUCCCUUUGCAUCGCAAAAAUUAAAAAUUUA